AUAAGUAUCGAUUUAAAAACAGGCGAUAAGAAAAGAUUUAAAGAAGGCUUUCCGCUUUAUCAAUACAUUGAACCUGAAAAUUCUACAUAUGAGUUCCUUUCAACUAAAGUCGAAAUUAAAUUGAAAAAAGCAAAUGGAAUUUCUUGGUCAUCUUUAAGAGUAGAUGAAGAUUUUGGCAGCGCCACGACAUUUGGAGUUCAAGGAGGGAAUGCCACAGUCGGUGGAAAAGAAUACAUUCUUGCAAAAGACUCCCCAUUAUACGCAAAUCAAUAA